AUGACUCGACUUUUCCGAUCCAGGUCUUGCACAGUCACCGGCUUAUUUGCUGCCAAAUCAAUGCCGCCUGAAAAGCCCUUCUCCCCUAAUAGUACCUCCGUUUAUGGAGACGAAAAGCCGGAGGGAGACGAGGACGAGGGAUAUUUCGGGGAUUUCUUUAGUGAUGGGGAGUUUGAGAAUCCGGUUACGACGCCGUUUAUAAGCCCGGAGAGGAGGCAUGGGCGUUGGGUCAAGGGACAAGGCCGAAAUGAGCAUAAUAAUAAUAAUCAGCAGUUCUCGGUCCUGGCGAUGGUGGCGACGGCGCUGCGGCGGUCGCUGGUGACUUGCAGUGUUGAUAGGGAUCAUGUGGCGUCUGAUGUGGACAUCGGGUGGCCUACCGACGUCCGGCAUGUCUCACAUGUCACCUUCGACCGCUUCAAUGGCUUCCUUGGACUUCCGGUAGAGCUCCAGCCAGACGUCCCCCGUACACCUCCCAGCGCCAGUGCAAGUGUUUUUGGAGUUUCUGCACAAUCAAUGCAGUGUUCUUAUGAUGAUAGAGGCAACAGUGUACCAACUAUUCUUCUUAGGAUGCAAAACCAGUUGUAUUCAGAAGGCGGUCUUCAGGCAGAAGGAAUAUUCCGUAUCAAUGCUGAGAACAGUCGAGAAGAAAUUGUCCGAAACCAGCUUAAUAACGGGGUUGUGCCUUGUGGAGUUGAUGUUCAUUGUUUGGCUGGGUUGAUAAAGGCAUGGUUUAGAGAACUUCCAACUGGAGUUCUUGAUUCUCUGACCCCAGAGCAGGUUAUGCAUUGCAACACGGAAGAAGAGUGCUCCCAGCUUGUAAAUCUGCUUCCACCAACUGAAGCUGCAUUGCUUGAUUGGGCAAUCAACUUGAUGGCCGAUGUUGUGCAAAAUGAACAUCUAAAUAAGAUGAAUGCACGCAACAUUGCUAUGGUUUUUGCUCCCAAUAUGACUCAGAUGGCCGAUCCAUUGACUGCUUUAAUUCAUGCAGUCCAAGUUAUGAACUUUCUCAAGACCCUGAUUACGAAAAUUCUUUGUGAAAGAGAAGUAUUAGCUACCACCGAUCGAUUAUUCUCAGCAUGUGCUGAUUCUGCUGGCAACGUAGGGCUUGACCACAGGUCAAAUGCAACUGCAAUGGUCAUGCACGAGCAGGCUUGUGAUGAUUGCUCAUGUUCAACAUCUGCUUGUGGCAGCCUCUUAAGGAGUGCCACUUUGGAGAGACUGGAAGCUGAUAGCAACAAGAAAUCUUUGAGAUUAAAGAGUAAGAGCGAUGUUGGUGUUGGUGUUGGUGAGAAAUAUGAAUCUGUUGCAAAUAGAAUCUCACCUGAAAAACGCAAAAGAAACUCCCUAGAGAAUAGAUUUCGAGAUGAAUAUGACAAUGACGAAGUUGAGAGGGUAUUCAAUAGGCUAAGUUUGAGAAAAGGAGUACGAAAACUGUGCAAGCAUCCUGUAUUUCAGUUGAGUAAGCAAGUGAAGAAACGUAGCAGCAUUGGAACUGUAAAUACUCGAGAAGGAGGUGCAGAAGCUUGGGCAUACGAUGGAUGCAACUCACACACAGGUUUGUGUUCUGUACAGGCUGAGUAA